UCGGGGGGUGGGGGAAGCCAGUCCGCCAUUGUGGAAGAUGGCAGGGGGGGUAUUCCCGUAAAACGCUCAUCACUUUCCCGUUGACUCACUCCUCUCAGCUCGGUCCCAUAACCACCUCGUUCAGAGGCGAGUUUAUUUGUCGAUAAAGGGCGCCGUCGUCGUCGUGUGCUCCCGGGGAGGCUACUCCGCCGCCUGAACGAUCUGAUCGGACAGCCGGAGAGCCGAGGCGGGCGGGCGGGAGGGAGGGAGAGAGAGCGGCGGCGGCGGCGGCGGCGGAGGAGGAGGAGGUGGAGGAGGAGGAGGAGUGCACACAGGCGGACGGGCAGUGUGCUGAGCACUGAGCAGCCAUCGGCCCCGCUUCCUGGAGGAUGUCUGCGACCACAGUGGACCACCAGCAGAGACCUAAAGGACAGGGAAAUAAAGUGCAAAACGGAUCAAUGCAUCAAAAGGACAGAGUGAACGAUGAUGACUUUGAGCCUUACAUAAGCAGCCAGACAAAUCAGGGUAACAGCUACCCACCCAUGUCUGACCCCUACAUGCCCAGUUACUAUGCGCCGUCCAUUGGAUUCCCGUACUCUCUGGGAGAGGCCGCCUGGUCCACAGCAGGAGACACGCCUAUGCCCUACCUGACCACCUACGGACAGAUGAGCAAUGGCGAGCCGCACUUCAUCCCCGACGGUGUGUUCAGCCAGCCCGGUGCCUUGGGGAACACGCCUCCCUUUCUGGGGCAGCACGGUUUCAACUUCUUCCCCGGCAACGCUGACUUUUCCACCUGGGGUACCAGCGUGUCCCAGGGUCAGUCCACGCAGACGUCCGUCUACAGUAACAGCUACGGCUACGCGCCCAGCUCGCUGGGCCGGGCCAUCGCCGACGGACAGGCCGGCUUCGGGAGCGACACGCAGCUCAGUAAGAUGCCGGUGUUGAACAGCAUCGAGCAGAGCAUGGCGGGGCUCAAACUGGGUACGGACAUGGUUGCGGCCGUCACUAAAACUGUGGGCGUGCCCUUAGGGGGCACCGUGGGAAUGAGCAGCAUGGCAGCAAAUAACCUUCCGCCUUCCGUGAGCUCGUCCGCAGGUAAACCGGCCUCAUGGGCAGCCAUCGCCAAGAAGCCGGCCAAGCCACUACUCAAGGCUCAGCCCAAAGCCAACAUGGGGAUAUUGGGCGCCGCCAUUCCUCCGCCGCCCAUAAAGCACAACAUGAACAUUGGUACCUGGGAUGAUAAGGGCGGCCUGAACAAGCCGCCGUUAGCUCAGACGAUGAUGCCUACGCCACCUCUGGUACAGCAGCCUCUUCUCGCUCAGCCCCCGGCCUUACUGCAGAACCCUUUGUCCCAUCAGCCUCAGCACCAGCACCAGCACCAGCCCUUCCACCUCCAAUCCCUCCAGUCCCCACAACACCCUCAGUCCCUCCCGCCCGGCCCCCUGCACCUUUCCUCUCACCACGGCCCCCCGCAAGCCCUCCAUCAGCAUCAACCCCAGCAGCCCGGCCCGCCGCCCAACCGCUGGUUGGCUCCCAGGAACCGGGUCGACGGCUUCGGCAUGGGCGUCGGCAUCCCGCCGCAUGCCUCGCUGUGCUUGGGCGAAGUGCACCCCGUGCUGGAGAAACUGCGCGCUCUCAACAACUACAACCCCAAAGAGUUUGACUGGAACUUGAAAAACGGACGCGUUUUCAUCAUCAAAAGCUAUUCGGAAGACGACAUCCACCGCUCCAUCAAGUACUCCAUCUGGUGUAGCACAGAACACGGCAACAAGCGUCUGGACGGGGCCUACCGCUCGCUGGGCGGCAAGGGGCCCUUGUAUCUGCUGUUCAGCGUCAACGGCAGCGGGCACUUCUGUGGCGUGGCCGAGAUGCGCUCGCCGGUGGACUACAACGCCUACGCCGGUGUCUGGUCUCAGGAUAAGUGGAAGGGCAAGUUCGAGGUGAAGUGGGCUUUCAUCAAGGACGUGCCCAACAACCAGCUGCGACACAUCCGGCUGGAGAACAACGACAACAAGCCUGUGACCAACUCCAGGGACACUCAGGAGGUGCCCCUCGAGAAGGCCAAGCAAGUGCUUAAAAUUAUCGCUACUUACAAGCAUACCACCUCAAUAUUUGAUGACUUUGCACAUUAUGAGAAACGCCAGGAGGAGGAGGAGGCUUUGAGGAAGGUAAGAUCAACACAAAGGGCAAUUCAGUAGUUGUGGCUGUGUGCAAUACGGUAGAUCCUCAGAGCACAAUCCCUUCCGGGAGACCCUUAAUUUGUUCGGAUUUUGACUGGAUUCCUGCCAUCCCGUAACAGUUUGUUGAGUACCACUUUGGCCUACUUUUUUAGGCCUCCAAUGUCAACCCAGGCAAUGCAGCUCCGUGCAUUCAGAUAGCUAGAUGCAUGGCGACGUUAUCGACAAUUGCUUCUAACACAAAGGGUUGGCAGUGAGUCUGAGGUGUUAAACUUUCUUCAACAAUGGUGGCAUUAUGCUUUUGAUACUUCCUCGGCAGACUGCAAAUACUUGGAUCAACCCCUCAUCGUUGAAUCGGUACCUUACAGUACAGUACAGGACAAGGACACGCUAAAAACUGGGUUGGUACGACUGUGAAAAACUUCAACUGCGCAUCCCUGCAUUGGUAUCUUAUGCCACGUUAGCCACCUGUUAAACAGGUGGCUUAGUAUUACGUCGGAAGAUGGCAAAUUAGUGGGUGCACUUCAACCCCUCAUCUCUGCAUCGGUAUCUUAUACACAGACAGUGAAUUCGUAAAAAAUCUCGGAAUACAGCCAAUUCUUGGUUCGACGUCACCUCCUCAUCCAUUUUGCAAAAGGUUAUGGACACCAAGAAAAUGAAAAUAACACUACAAAAUAUGGACUGUGAGGCUGAUGACUGAUGGUUUGGGUCCAAGCUUCCUCUGUUUUUCAGACCACACACUGCCAAUUUCAGAGUGGUUAAACAUCUGAACCAUUUGAGUUUUGAGUCCACUGUAGCUGGUUUGAGUGUACGUGACACACUCAGUGGGAGCACUUUCCUAAAACACGCACAGAUUAUAUCUUUUCACUGAGUCACUGCUUUAAAAAUCAGCGGAUCCACCUGCUCAGUCUGAUAUAAAUGGAAUUUCCCGACAAGUCAUCCUUGCUGUCGAGUGGCGUCAAACGAAAGCCUGAUUCAUCGACAGCCAUCUCGCGAGUGCGAUGAGCUCCCCGAGAGGGGAGGGAUACCCGACGAGGGGGCCCUGAAAUAGCCCACAUUCCGGGCAUUCCCUGUUUGGAGACAAAGGCAGAUGCAGGCCAUCAACUCCCUUUGGACGCCAAGUUCGUAGCGGUAACCUAACUCGGUGGUGCUCCCGUUCCCAAUUUUCAGGCUAGAGGCGAGACGUGACCAGAGUGUGAAGUUUUACACUCGAGACUCACUGCCCACGCCGCUUUGUGUUGACUGCAUUUGUGAUGGACAUUACCAUUCAUCUAUUAACCUGACAGGGUUAGCCAGAGCAGUUGAACACUGCUUUCUCAGGGUUGAGUAUGUAAGGUACAGGCGAUUAAAUCCCUGCUGUAAUGUUAUGCCUCUCAUGCGCUAAUUUACCGGGAUGCAGUGUGCAAGCAGCAUGUGCCUUUCACACACAGAACCCAGUGAAAUAGGACAUGGCACGCCCCCCCCCCCCCCCCCCCCCCCCCGCUGCUAAACGGUAAUUAGAUGAGUGACAAUUGCUUUCGAACACAACAGGGCGGGAGAAGAGAAUCUCUGGUGUUUAAACCUCACACCCCAGUCCAGUCACGCAGCCUCCGUUGUUCCGUUCAUAUGACCCAAGAACUCGUCAAAUUCGCGGCUCGACUUCCACACCUCGUUCCGUGUUGCUGCUGUUCACACCUGACAGUGACAAAAUGCGAAAAAUCCCCGUAUUUAAAAUAGGCAAUGAAAAACGGAAGGGUCACAUCAGUAAAGGCGGAACACAGCGCACUGUAUGUCCACUGCACUAUAGCUACAACACACUACUUAUAACAUGGGUCCAUAUAGUCACUUGGUACAUGUAGUGCAAUAAUAAAAGCGCACAUGCUGCUGUUCUCAUAAGAGACAUUGAGUAUAUAAAUAGUAAUGAUGAGCGAGGAGGUCAGCACACAGGUUUCAUUCAGCAACUAGUUCCUUUUAGAAGCGUCACCACAGCAACCGAUUGUUGAUUUGAUUCAGAGGCAAUUUAGUAGCAUUAUGUAAAAAAAAAAAAAUAUGGACAUAUCUUCAUGGUCAUUAUGAAAGUAAUAAGAGUAAAAGCUCUCAAGUCUGUUACAGGACAUUCGUCGACCUCAAAUUAGUAUGGAUUUUGAUAGAAACGAUACCGUGAACAGAAAUAAUCUAUUCUUGAGUCAAACCAGCGUACAAACAGGAAACGCUUAAACCUGCUUAACAGUGCUACAAGAGCAAAUAGAAGCACAUUAAAACAACAAAGCACCUUGUGACUGUGCUUGUUAUUCCCUGGAAAGUGAAAAUAAAUGUCUUCUAAACUUGAUACACCACUGAGAGGAGAGUUGUUAUCAACCCUGCCAAAUUUGAAUGAUUAAAAAAAAAAAAAAAAAAUCGCCAAUUUAUAUAAAAUGAGGCUUUGAAAUUGUGAAAAAUUAAGGCAUUCUCUCUGCUCUCAAAAGGCUGUGCUGAAACCACACUCAGCUAUGAAAUACCUCUACUACGACCUGGAAAAAAUGGCUGCUACGUGGUCUCGCAUCUUGUGUCUACACAUAACUACGUUUGCUACGUUAUAUCUUCCUUAAUCUGCCUCGGGUGGCUGAAAUUUAUCCCACUUGGACUUUUAAAAGCGGCGGCAAGGUGCUCGAAAGCAGGCACGGCACCUGACAACGCAACACAAAAUUUGUUGUAAGCUGCUCCGAUGGAAUCAAAACGGGCCCGCAGCGGUUUGUGUUCCUUGUUGUGUCGACACCUUCCAAUUGUCUUCUCUCUCUUGUUGGCAGGAACGCAGUCGAAAUAAACAGUAACCCUCAAGCGAACGAGACGUGCGACACUAAUGGUGUAAUGACCUUAAAAACAACAACAAAAGUUGCUUAACCACGAGGAGGACAAGAAACGUAUCAUCGCAACACCUGAUGUGUGUAUUUCUAUUUCAAAGUCACCUGCUUUGAAAAAGCACUUUCAUCCCCGUCACUGUUUUACUUUGUUUGCAACUAACUGACUAAUCAGCUCAGUCGCCAUGUUUUUAUUUUUAUUUGUAAUCAUUUUAGCCUCUCGUUAGGAAUCAGUAUUCAGGUGAGUUAAUUAGGGAAACACAAUCAUGUCAAUAAGAGGAUAUAUUAACCCGCAUACCAAAAGAAUGCGACGACAGGCUCAUCUUUGUUUUUGUUUUUUUUCUCUCGCUCUUGUGAUUCUUAAGUGCUUUUUGUCUUCAGAGAAUGUGACCGACUCACUAGCGACAAUUAAAAAAAAAAAAAAGAAAAGGAAAAAAAGAGCCGUGUUUAGCGAAAAAAACAACAACUUGUGUUUGUCUUUAUUUGGGCAAAGUUGAAUGAAUUGACAAUCAUGCUACAACAGAGGGUUAUAAAAAGCCACCUUUAUUAUUUUUGCUCAGAUUAAGUAGCAAUUACAAUUUUGUCAAAUUGAAAGCCACGAAUGACGAACGACAGCCGCUGGCAUUAGCCGCCUCAGCUACUUGGGAUUUUUUUGAAACACUUAAUUAGUGAAAAUUAUGUUACCACAAUUGAAAUGUCUUAGAAUGACAAAUAAUACUAAAAAUAAUUAAUUGUUUUUUUUUAAACCCAUCCAUUUAAAGCCUAAUGGAAAGACCAUUGUGCUAAAAUUGUUGGAAAAAGUUAAAUAAAACAGCUAUCCUCAAAACUGAAAUUAUAUUAAUUGUCACUUGUAUUUAUUAAAUAAAGUAUUUGUUCUUAAUCAGCACAAUCCAAUUGCAUAAUAAUAAUAAUAAAAUAAAAUCACAUUUGAGUGAAUAUGUAUAUACAGUAUAUUUUAUUUGCUUUUUUUUGCAUCAAAUAGUUUAGAUUUGUGUACAUUUAUACAUGUACAGUAUAUCCAUUAUAUUUUUCAUUCCAUUUUAUAGUCCUUAAAAAAAAUCGAAUUAAAUCAAAACGUGUAUUUUGUUCUAUUUUACAUUUUAUUGUAUGUAAUGAAAAAAUGGCCCACAUUGUUUUUUUAAUCUAAUUGCAUCUAAAAAUUUUUGGGUGUAUUUGAAUUCUAUUUUACAUUUUUUAUUGUAUUAAGGGAAUCUAAAUAUUUUCUGUUUAACAAUCCAAUGAAAAUAUUACACAUAUACUGAAGAAAAAUAUAAAAGCAACACCUGAUUUAGCUCCCAUUUUUUCCCAUGACCUAAAUAAAGAGUGUUGUACACGUGAGCAUUUCUCCUUUGCCGAAAUAAUUACCCACCUCACAUGUGGCAUAUCAAGAUGCUGAUUAGCGAGCAUGAUUAUUGCACAGGUGUGCCUUACACUGGCCACAUUAAAAGGCCACUGGGAAAAGCGCAGUUUUUCUACGUCUGUUUAUUAUUCUAUGUAAUGUAGUUGUCGUACAAUUCAAUGAUAUUUUGCGUUUUUCCAAGUGUAAUUUCACUCAACAAACCCCAUCUCCCCACUAGAGGACGCCAUCCGUCAGCUAUUAUCUUCCUUCCAAUGGCCUCAGUGGUCAAACAAAAAGCCUCUCCAAUACGCAGCAAGGCACGCUCCUCCUUGAGCCUGAGCCCUCCAACUCCUCUAGAGCCAAUUAACCAGGACGAGAAGCUCUUGUUGUGCCUUCACAGCCCCCCCCCCCCCCAGCUUUAUUAAUGCCAGCUCACCAAAGCUGUUCAGCGAGCGCGGGAGGAGUGAGAAAAUCUCCCAUUAUGUGCGUCGGGGGGGGGGGAGGAAGAAAGAGCUGUAAUUAUAACAUGCAGGCUUUUGGAUUGGCGACUUGUGUUAACUUGUGCAUCGACCAGGUUUUCUCAGGGGAAAGAAAAAACACUUGGUGCUUUUGCUUUUGUCUGUGAACACAACAGACACACUUGAGCGGGGAAUUUGCUGUUUAUUCGCCCAACAGUCACGCUGAGAUGCGUGUAAGAAAAUUAAUUAAAGAACUCUCGUGUUAUGUGGCUUUUUACCAACAAGUCACUUAUGUGAUUUGAACAUGAAAACGCACGCUUUAGUUAAGUAAUGGAAACCUUUCCAAGCAAUUUUUGGCCAUUCCCUCAUCAUAUAAACACAUUUAAAAAAAGUAAUUGCAUAUCUGGAAUUCCCUCAAGUCCUUUAAUUUGAGGUAUGACUCAAUAUGGUUUGUUGAAGAUGAAAUGUUGUCUUUGUAGUGCAUCAAAAACAGCAGUGACCUUUUACAGCAAAAACAACCCAAACCUGUUUAUUGGAUGAAUACCAUAGAACUGGAAAGCCCUCAUUAGGAAUUUAAUUUGAGGUAUGGCUCAAUAUGGUUUUUUGUUGAAGAUAGAUUUUUGACAGAGACCUUUUCAAAGAAAGAAGAAAAAAAAAAACCCAAACAAACAUGUUUAUUGGCUUUAUACUACACAUCUGGAAACUCAUUAAGGCUCGGUGACAUUUUUAAGCAAAAAAUAAAACUUUUUGGUGUCAUUCCAUCAUUGUAGAAGCACAUAUGUGGAAACACAUCAUUGAGUUCUACAAUUUGAAACAUGACUCGCUAUGGUUUGCUGAUAACAGAUUUGCACGCUAUAUUUCCAACUAUUGUUGUCCAUAUAGUUUCCCCCCCCCCUCCAGAAUUGUCUCAUUUUUAAACAUUUUGUGUUGGAGACGGGGGGCUCUGGAAUGGAAUAGGAUCAGAAUCGCCAGAGUUGCGAUUUCCCUCCCUUUUUUAUUUUUAUUUUUGUAUUUUAUUUUUUUAAUACCCUGACUGGAUCAGAACAUCCACUUAAGUCCCAUUUUGUCACUAAUGAAAAAAGGUUAGUCACAGCAAUAAUAAUAAUAAAAAGGCAAGACAAGGUUAAACGUGGUGGCUCGGCACUCCCCGCGGUUUCAAGGCGCUAAAUUAAGACGUAAAAUCGGACGAAAUGAUCAGCAGGCUUUUUAUUUCACGCUCCGGGAAAAAAGGAAAGCAAGAAAGUCUGGUUUUGAUUGACAGCUUGGUGCCAUUUGUGAGGCUUUCUGUUGCCAUGGUUACUUCAUUACAAGCGCAAGAGAAGCCGUGCAGCCUUAUUCGCUAUGCUGCGCACACACACAAAAAGAUUAUUUGUCACCUAAUAUUUGCUUUAAAUCUAUCAAUGCAAACCACUGGAUUAGGAUUUUAGUAAUGAAUAUGUCCUACAGGUGUGGCUGUAUUUGCACAAAAAAAAUAUUCAUUUCACACAGCUAAUUUGAUACGGUGCACGCCGUAACAUUUCAACAUUGUAAAGCACUUAGAAGCAAAGUUAAGGUUUAAAGAAACUGUAAAAAAUGCAUCCCAUUUACCUUUUAUGUGCGCCUCCUCACAGUUUCAUUGCGUAAAAACACAAUUACGGCUUUUUCCACAAAUAUGGCUGACAUACAAUCCUUGUGGAGUGACACACUGAGAAAAAUCUGCUCACUUGACAAAUGUAGCCAACAUUCAUGGCUUGUACAGGGGUAAACUCUUUAAAAAAAAAAAAAAAAAAAAAAAGUACCACUCCACAAAUAUGGCCACCAUUCAUGCUACAUGCAGUAACACACUGAAAAAGAAAAAAAGUCACUUAACACAACAAAUAUGGCUGUCACACACACGAAUGACAGCAUCACAAACAACAAACAACAACAAAAAAAAUCACACAGCGACAAAAGAGUGUAGUGACGCACGACAGAAAAUGUCCUCCAAUAAAACACUCCACAAAUAUGGCUGACAUCCAUGGUUUGUGCAAUGACACUCUUGGAAAAAGUCACUCAGCAACGUACUCCAAUAAUAUGGCCGACAUACAUAAUUUGUGCAGGAACUCUCUACAGAAAAAGUUCUGUAAAAACACACUCCACAAAUAUGGCCGACAUGUAUUGUUCAGUGUCGCACUAAAAACGGUCUCACGGCCAGCGACAGAUUCCACAAAUAUGGCCGAUAUAUACACAUUCUAUAGUAACAUAGUCCACAAAUAUUGCCGACAUGAAUGUCCUGUCCAGAGACACGCGCCACAAAGAUGGCCGACAUACAUACAUUAGGCACUUACACAGAGAGAGUCCCGCCGCAACGGACUCCACAAAUAUGGCCGAUAUACACAAUGAUGUAUUCCAGGGGAAAAAAAUAAAAUAAAAAUCACACGCUCCACAAAUAUGGCCGAAAUACAGACCAUGCUUACAUAUUUUGCCAUUGUUUCAAAGAAGUGAUGCUUGUUUAUCGCCUUUGUCUUGUUAUUAAUUUUUUUUGACCACGCACACAAAAACACUAAUCAUUUUGCUUUCAGUGCGCCUGCUUCAAACGCAGCCAGGGUGACCUUCUGUGUGAAUCGGUGGCCUUUUUUCCCCAGCAAAUUUCACACUGCGCUCACGUGGAAUAAAGCGGCGCAUUGAUUUUCUUGAGCUUUUUCUAUAGCGUCUGCAGCCACGCAAUCUAUAGGUGGUGAACCUGCGCAAGGGCUUUUAACAUUGACUGCUGCCGAAUGCUUUGAUUCGUACAUAUUUCCAGUAGCCCACUAUGUACUGUACGUGGCACUGAGUGUUUUUAUGUGAUACACAUUCAAGGCCUUGUGGUCAGAAAUGUCUCCUGGCAACAAAGACAAGGAAUCACUCAUGUAACGUACGGCCCACUCCAUUCUUUAAGUAUGUAUUUAAAAUGAUCAAUAAUUCUGUAAUA